AUGGAGGAAGGUCAAGUUCCAGAACCAGUACAAAGCGGAGCGUUUCAUCGUCUCCAGAGCCACCGUCCAGAGUUCACGACGACGAGCAACGAUCUUCUAAGAAGCGUAAGGAAAAGUCAGCGUCGACCAAGUCAACAUCGACCAAUAUCAAAGGAUGGACUUACGAGCAAAUUUUCAAGCAUUUCAAUCUGA